UAUUUGCAAAAUGGUAGAGGACUUUCCUGUAUAUGGAAAAAAAAUUGUUAUUCAUGUAGUUAUAGUAUCACUGUCAGUUAUUCUUCAAUAAUUUAUUAAAAAUUAACUCAAAGUUGGAUCAAAUACGAGUAAUAUUGCAUCGCAAAACGUUAAUUAGAUUAUAUUGUUCACUAUAACAUUAAAGCGGCCACUGCGACACUCAAUAUAUGAGCAUCGCGAGCGCCGCUCUAUUGCAUCGGCUGUGAGCUCUCUCUCCGCGCAGGAACUUCGUGAUGUGUCCAUUUUUGGUAAAAGUUUGCUCAGAGGUCACAAUUUUCGCAUGAAUAUGACGCGCUAAAAUCAGAGUUACCUGUUGCUAACUUAAGUGUCUUGUGUUCACUGAACCCUCUCAUCGAGGAAGAUGCACUUAUUCGACUUGGCGGGUGACUCGUCAAUUCCGCUUUAAAUUAUGACGAGCGUCAUUCGAUAAUCCUGCCGGCAUCAUAUAUCGGAUCUCUUAAUUACUUGUGUGCAUACGCUUACUUUGCAUGGAGGAGUCCAAUUAAUGCUACGUGUGCUCCGCUAACAUUAUUGGAUUAUAUUAUUCGCUCGUAAUCUCUCGUAAAAUCUUAGGUACAUCGCUGCAUAACCUGCGUUCGGCAAUCCGCGAAUACGGUGCAUCAAUUUAUGAGCAACCUACCCAACGCCUGCGUCAUCAAUUUAAUUGCUUAUGUCGGACGAAGCCGUAAAGCCAUAUUCCCGUCUGCUUCCACACCCGUACAGGCAAAACCGGCAAAAAGAGAUUGUGUUCGCUAUCUCCGUCAAGCGCUCUUGACACCGACCUCGCCUUCCCGUCUGAUUCCAACGACCGGCCAAGGAGUUCAUGUGUUCGCGAACCCCAUCGAGCAUUCUCAGUACCGAUUGUAUCAUAUCUCGAACUGCAAGUACACGUGCCAGUAUGUUCGUUGCGCUCGGUCGAACGUUGUCGACACUUGCAUACAUCGCGUCAGCGACAAACGAGUCGCCCGAUAUAGCGCCGCGUGCUAAGGGCCGUGGCACACAGAAAAACGUAAAUAGUAAGCAAAUUGACCAAUCACAAUCGUUGAUUUUUGGACCGUAAGAAGAAUCAAUGACUGUGAUUGGUCAAUUUGCUUACUGCUUACGUCUUACUGCUUAUAUU